CUGGUCAAUUUUGUGUUUGAUUAUAAUUUUAAUUACAAAUUUUUUAUAUUAAUUUAACUUGUGUCCUUGUUUAAAAUGUCUGUGUUUGAUGGAGAGAUCGAGUUUAAAAGCGUGUACAUGGUGGAUUAUGUACGGAAAAAUAAACCCAAGAGUCCUCGCCGGAGAGCUGUCGAUGAUGAUUGCUUGAUCGUGGGCCUCAGCCGUGACUCUCUGAAAGCCCGGGAUCAAACCCGUACCUCUCCUGACGUGCUGUGUCCGGUUGACUUCGAGUAUUAUAAAAACGCUGUUGAGAGGUUCGCAGAAGACCAUCCUCGGGUUGCCAAGAGGUACAUGCAGAAGGAUGUAGACCCCACCCCGAUAGACCAUGAGAUACAGGACCUAAAGCGUACUGAAUACCUCAAUAAAUAUUGCUCGAGGGAGCUUCCCUUUAUGUCAGUGAACCUUGCGCGUCGAGCCCGUGCGCUGCAAACCCUGAGACUACCCGAUGACGUCUACAUCCCUGACACGACCCAGAAAGGAUCCUACCGACAUCCCAAACCCGAGAAGUACGCUGAGCAUCCGUCAGUUAUGAACAUGAAGCCCAAGUUUGACGACUCGUUACAAAAAAAUCUUCGACGUAUUCUGCGCGUGAAUACUGGAGACACAAGUUACGGUGUCAGUCAUGGAUUAUUGGCAAAGAUGGUCUUAGAGAAGAAUCCGUUUGGCCCACCUCGGCAGGAACCCAAAUAUGGACGCUGGAGGAAUCCCUACAUGUAUACUUAUAGAUUAUGAAAUAUUGUUGUAUAAAUUUUGAUCAAAUAAAGUUUUUCGUUUAA